AUGCGUACUAACGUCACAGGUGUGAAGCCCGUAUACCUGCCUACUGUCGACCCCGAUAGCAACUGGCAGCAAGGAGCCACCUGUACGACUUGCCACCUGCUCCCAAAGAAAAACAUCGACCUCUUGCAGACCGUCGAUGGUACUUGGCACGACUCCACAUACACGCCGGGAGAUCUAGCCCACACCAUCAAUACUCCCUUCUCGGGUACGGCGAUCUAUGUGUUCUUCAUCGUCCCCAACACCGUGGCGAAUACGAUCACCUACGUGAACCUCACCUUCCUGAUCGACAACACGUUUUCCAACUCGUACGAGCACAUCCCCGACGCCACCUCUACCAUCUUGUACAACACGCUCGUUUUCCACGCAACGAACUUGACCAACACCGAGCACAACAUCGAAGUGCGAGCAAGUGGGGCCAACUCAUCCCUCCUCAUGUUCGACUACAUGCUCUACACCGUCGACGAAGACGACCCGAGCUCUUCAACACUCGGAUCGGCAUCCGCAACCACCCUUCCCGCAUCGUCGAACUCUCCUAACCCGUCUCCCCCCGGAGUAGAGCGGGACUCCCGAUCGUCUCCGCCUAUCGGUGCCAUCGCGGGGGGUGUGGUGGGCGGCGUAGUUGUCCUGUCCGCACUGCUAGUCCUACUGUGCUGUCUCCGCAAACAGCGCUAUCGCGGAUUCGUACCUCCCCGAUUCACAAACUGGUCAAAGAAGCCUCCGGUUUCUCUCCCUACUACGACACCCAUGGCCGACGCCUACAAUUCGCCCGCGACCGCCCUUGCACGGCCCGUAACACAUCCUCAUGCGCCCUCACUACCCGUAGACAAUAUCGGCCGCGCGGGAUGGUCCACGACCGCGUCGUACUCCGACACUCCCCCUCUCCAACCUCCACACGGCCUCGGCACCCCGUCCAGUAAGGAGUUCCAUUCGGUUGAGUCCGAGUCCAUGGGCGUCCGUCGCCGGGAUUCUCUCUCGAGCCCGAGCGCGUACACUGGAUCCUCGCGAACGACAGACCCCGCAUUGCGAGCCCAGGUGACGCUACUCCAGGAGGAGCUAGGACGUUUACGCGCAGAUCAGCGGGAGAUGCAUGCGUUGCUCAUAGAACCUCCGCCGGUCUACCCCGACUAG